CGGACACCAGGAACGAUUAGCUUUGUCUGGAUGUCGCAAUUCACGCACAAGUGGACAACCUGAAACUGAGAAUACUGCACCUGUUCAAGGAUUUAUAUCCAGCCCUAAAAAACAAACGAACUGAACGGGUCAGAACGAGGCUUUGUUGCCUGGGGAGACAGCAGCCAUGUCCUUUUAAACAGGGUAAUUGUGGAGAUGCUAAUGGCAUGACUGCGAAUCCUCAGGGUUUAUAGUUUCCAUCAGGCGACAUGCUGUUUUCCUGUUCGCAUCAACGCCGUAUUGUUUCAGUGUGUAUUUGAAUGAUGUCGCUAGUUCUUUCGUAGGGGGGGGCGUGGCUUCUCUUUCUCUCUCUCUCUUUUUUUUUUUUGCUAUCGGGGUUAGCUGCCCUUACCUCAGUUACCUGACCCGACCAUGGUGUCGACUCGACCGUGACUUCCUGCCUCACCAAUAUGCUGCCGGGUUCAAUUCAGAUUACAGGAGAGGCGCUGUCCGGAGCAGAAAUCCGAGACAUUUGCGACAGUCUAAAGGAGAACAGUGUGAGGCUGCUGUCGGUGCGGGGAUGUCAGCUGUCUGACCGGGACUUCGGGCGCGUGUGCCGCGGUGUGUCCGAGUCGCGCUCGCUUGCGCAGCUCAACCUGAACCUGGGCGUGGUAUCGAGCGGCGGCCGCGCGGAGCAACUCGCCGAGGCGCUCACAGCCAACAGGUCCAUACAGACACUAUUUCUGCAUGGAAGCCCUCUUUUAGAUGCAGGGUUGGUCACUCUGAACACGGCGCUGUCAACUCACCCCUCUCUGGUGUCCUUGGACCUGGGAGAUUGUAUGUUGGGAGAUGAGGCGAUUCAGCUGAUUUGUGGCAUGUUGCCUCCAGAUGGGGCCAAAUCUGGUCUCAGAGAGCUGACACUAAGUGCAAACCCAGCAAUCACCACUAAAGGCUGGGCUCGCCUGGCAAUCGCCGUGGCUCAUAGCUCACAGCUACGAGUCCUUAAUCUAGACUACAAUCCCUUAGGGGACCAGAUUGCUGGAAUGCUGGCCGUUGCUGUGGCAUCCAGCAGGACUCUGGAGGUUUUAGACUUGGAGGGAACAGGGCUCACAAAUCAAUCAGCACAGGUCUUCCUGGACAUGGUGGAAAACUACCCGACCUGUCUGCGUGUGCUGGUGCUGGCUGAGAACGCCAUCAGCCCUGAGCUGCAGCAGCAAAUCUCCGACCUCCUGUCUGAGGGCGAGGAGGAUGAGGAUAGGGAUGCAGAGGCCCACGGCAGCUCAGUCACCAUGCGAGAGAAACCUGCCUGGCUUCCCCACAGCAACCCCAACUCCCAGAUGGUCCUGAUGUCAUCAGGACUGGGUGAGAGCUUUUUGGGAGAGACUGACUUGUGAUAACUGGAGCUGCCUUUGGUUUUAGGUUUGCACUGCACGCCGCUACAGUCAGCCCACGUGUUAGCGUGCAGCCACUCGCAAAGCAUGACGUGUAGCAUUUAGUGGUAGACUGUUCAAAGCCGGCACAAAAAAAAAAAAACCUCGACCACCAAGUGACUUAUACUCUAUAGUGAAUUAUUUAUUUGCCUGAAGUACAAUCUAUUUAUAAGCAACUGUGUACUCUUGAUUAGAUCAGCUAAGUAGGGUUGUUGUGAUGGCCUGAAUAAAUCUAUUUACAUCUUUUUAA